AUGCACUCGUCACUGGACAAGCCGCACCCGGAAUGUCAGGCGAUCGUUGAUGCCUUGCGCGAAUGCCAUGCAGAGAACCCGUAUGGCAAGUUCGUCGGCGCUUGCAACGACAUGAAGGCUGCAUUGAACGAGUGCUUUGCCAAGGAAAACGCAUUCCGCCGCAAAGUCAACAUGGACAAGGCGCGCGCAUUUAACAAAGAGUGGAAAGAGUUCAAGCAACAGAAGGAAGCUGCCGCGUCCGCUUAA